AUGGGACGACAGGGCCGGCCCAACCCGCUCGAGACAGCAGUUCAGAAGUUCAAAGUCCAGGGACCUUUGGCUCGAGUGGUUGGGUUAGGCGACGCGGAGAAGGAAAAGAAGAGUGAGGAGAGAUCUGCAGCUGUAGGGUUGCAGCCGUUGAGGAGCAGAAGUGAGAACGAGGCCGAGGGACGUCAAUACUUCGCCGAUUGGCGAGAACGAGAAUUUUGUUGCUUCCCUUGUACUCAUAAUACCACUGCGGUCCGGACCCGCCUGGAAUUGGCCAGCCCGGAGGGUUCAGCUGGUCAAGGCAAGGAACAACCUCAGCUCUUAUGCAUCCAGGCCUUUUCACUUAUCGCCCAGCCUUACACGGCUCGGAGGACCCGGGUUGAAAGUGGGUCUUCCUCCGGGGAUAAGUGGGGUCCAGGGCCUAGCGCAGGGUGGAGCUCUGCCCGGUUCCCCGAUCCAAGCGGUACGUACUCCUUUGCUAUCAGUACUGGCCCCUGUCGUCAAAAAAGCCCGAGCUUCAGGUACAAUCUCACCGAAGCGGGCCGGCUGCUUCCGUGCGCAACCCCGCGGCGCCGUCGCACCACCAAACUGGACGCGUCUUUCGAGUAG